AUGAAAAAUUUUAAUGGAAAAUCAAUGAAAACUAAAAUGGAAGUAGCAAAUGCUGUUAGUUCAGCAAGCACAAGGUUUGAUCAAGAAAAGAAAAAACUUAGUGCCAUAAAUCAAUUAAGAUCAAAAACUCCCAAGAAAUAUACUGAAAAGGCUUUUGAUACUAAGAAUCGUAUGAAAAUUAUCAAAGAUGAGAAUUAUGAUGAACUUUAUGAUGAAACAGUACCUGUGGAAUUCACACUUCUCGAUAUUCUUAGAAUGCUUGGCGGGUUAGUAUUACUAUAUUCGAUUAUCAGCAAACUUUACUCGGGUUAUUGGUUUAUGAAAUUACCUCUAGGGGGUCCAAAAGGUAUGGAACCAAAGGCUAAUUCAUUACCACCAACAGUGCCAAAUUAUUGGUUAAAUGCAUAUAAUAAAGACAUUACUGAAUUUCCAAUUGAAUUCACCUGGGAUGAAUUAUCCAAGUUCUACGGUGGAAAUGUCGAUAGAAAUGAAAAAGAUGAGUCUAAGAGAAUCCUAUUAAGUGUGAAAGGUCAUAUCUUUGAUGUCACCAAGAGUAAAAACUUUUAUGGUAGUUGGGGGACAUAUAAAAAAUUUACGGGGACAGACUGUUCUAGAUCAUUUAGUUAUCCAAUGUGGGAUAUUUCUUCUUUAAGUAAACAAUGUAGUCAUAAGAUUGAUGAUUUGGAUGGAACUCAAAUGGGAAGAGUUGAUUCAUGGUUGGAAUUUUUCCAAUCCAAAUAUCCAGAGGUAGGUUAUAUAAACUUAUAA